AUGGACAAGCUUCUAAUGAUGUUAACUAUGGUUUCACUUUUAGGUUUCGGUGAUGCUGACUCAAGUCAGUCAGUGUCGUGUACAACUAAUCCAACGUGGAGUCCAAAUGGAUUGAUCGUAGCUGGUGGUAAUAAUGAUAGUGUGUAUCGGGAUUUUAGACCGUUCGAUUUUGCAUUCGACAGUCAACACAAUGUGUAUGUUGCUGAUCCGGAUGAGACACAGAUAUUGAUGUAUCCCUAUAAUUAUACAAUUGGACAAGUGCCUACUGUAGUUGUAUCUAAUGUUUCAUGUCAAGCUUUGUAUAUCGAUAAUUAUGAUAAUUUAUAUUUUGGUGAUAGAGGCUCAGUGAAAAUCCUCAAUCGUACUACUGGAAAUGUGACAGUCUUUACUAACUCGUAUUACAGCAAAAUUUUUCAAGAAUAUCAACCAUUGGUUUCCCCAUCAGAUCUUUAUAUUGAUUCGAAGUCGCGAUUAUAUGUAUCAGAUCGCGGAAUGCGAGUGAUACGAUAUCUGCUCGAUCAGCCAAACAAUAGCACAGUUCUUACUGAUGCGAGCAGUGGUCCGGGUAUUUCGCAAUGUAUUUUCAUCGAUGAAACUGAUAAUAAUGCAUUUUAUACUUGUAUUUGGCCUUCAACAAUAGUGAAGUUUACCAACGAUGGAGCAAAUUGGACGACGGUAGCUGAUGGAAAAACACUUGCAAGCAAUACCAGUGCAAAUGUUUCAUUAAGUUUUGAUUCAGUAAUAGUUGAUUCUCUUACUCAACAAUUGUAUAUAUCAGAUGGUAUAAAUCAUCGUAUCAUUCGAUGGUCAUUAUCGAAUAGCUCACAACAAGGACAAGUUAUUAUUCAACUUCCAAACACAACGAGUCCACGUAGGAUCAGACUUGAUAAAGACAAAAAUCUAUAUGUUGGAGCCAUUGACGAUGUGACCCGUGGACAAGUUUUGAAAUAUAUCAAUUGCAAUCCAAAUCAAACCAUUAUGAUGACUACAUCAACUACUACUGCAACUACGUACACAUCAAUGACUACAACUACUUCAAUUGCUAAUAGUACUUCUAAUGUUGCUGCUAUGAACUCAGUUGCUUGGAAUGUCGCGACAUUGUAUAUAUUUGUAUCUAUCACGAUGAUCAUUCAUUUUUUGUAUUUUAUGGCUUAA